AUGGUCAAGUUUGUCUGCUACGCUCUGCGAUUUGUGGCCAACACAGAGGCAAGGAUAACAGCGCAGGAAGGCCGUGAUGAGGGCAGUGACGAAGACGAUGAGGGCGAUACGGAUGGCUUAGAAGAAGAGGAGGAAGAGGACAAAGACAACAACGACAACAACUUCUCUGAUGCUGACAUCGAGCAGAAGGAGCUUGUAGUAGCGUUGUGGGCGAUGUUGGGUAGCGAUGCAGGCAGCGACAACAAAGCGCAGCGCAGCGCUCAGCGCGACGAUCAGCUCGAAGUGCUGCUAAACUUACUUGCAUCUUUCUUCUUCACAAUAACAGGCGACAAGCUGUUCAGCAGCAGGCUUGUUCACUUUCUUGCUGUGCUGGACAUUGACAGCAACACAAACUGCUUGUGCACAGCAAAGAACUACUUGUAA